GGUGCUAAAUGUAUUGGCGCACCGAGAAAAGAAAACACCCACCAACACCGAGGAAGCCUUUGUACGUAUCGCCCCUACUGACUCUUCAGUCACUGCUCGCGCCGGGACUCUGUUGUGUCUUCGGAAAUUUCGAAGCAGAACAUUAAAAAUCAAAGCUUUACUUAAAUCUUAUGGCUGCUUCCGCCGCUGGAUCGGCUGUUCUCGCCUUCAAGUCCGCCGCCACCGGCGGAAUUUCUGACCGAAAGUUCGCUCAUUUUAAGCAGCUUUCAUCUCCGCUUCAGCUCCGACAUUCCUUAAGCUCGCAAUGCAGAUCCAUCAGCUCCUUCGUUUCCUCCGGCAUAAAAGCCCAAGUUGCUACUGUUGAACAAUCAGGUGUUGAAGCUGCACAGAAGCUGGAAUCCCCUGUUGUCAUUGUCACUGGAGCCUCUAGAGGAAUUGGCAAAGCAAUUGCAUUGGGGCUGGGAAAAGCUGGGUGUAAGGUUCUGGUUAAUUAUGCAAGGUCAUCAAAGGAGGCAGAGGAUGUUUGCAAAGAGAUUGAGACAUGUGGGGGUCAGGCACUGACUUUUGGUGGGGAUGUUUCGAAGGAAGCAGAUGUAGAAUCUAUGAUCAAGACGGCAGUUGAUGCAUGGGGAACAGUAGAUAUCUUGAUAAACAAUGCAGGUAUUACACGUGAUGGUUUAUUGAUGAGAAUGAAGACUGCUCAGUGGCAGGAGGUUAUUGAUCUAAAUCUCACAGGAGUAUUCCUUUGUACACAGGCUGCAGCUAAGCUAAUGAUGAAGAAGAAAAAGGGAAGGAUAAUUAACAUAGCAUCAGUUGUUGGUCUUGUUGGUAAUAUUGGACAGGCCAAUUACAGUGCUGCAAAAGCUGGGGUAAUUGGCCUGACAAAAUCUGUUGCAAAGGAAUAUGCAAGCAGAAAUAUCAAUGUGAAUGCUGUUGCUCCUGGUUUCAUUGCAUCUGAUAUGACUGCCAAGCUUGGAGGAGACAUUGAGAAAAAAAUUUUGGAGACUAUCCCAUUAGGGAGAUAUGGCCAACCAGAGGAAGUUGCUGGGUUGGUGGAAUUCUUGGCCUUGAGUCCUGCAGCCAGUUAUAUCACAGGACAGGUUUUCACCAUUGAUGGGGGCAUGGUAAUGUAAGAUGCCUUUUAUGACUCCCUCCUGCUGUCUUGGUUACUGGCCAUCUGUAAACCUGUUUCAGAGAUGAAUAUCGCAUGCCAUAACUUAAUCCUUGGACCAAACUGGUUACGUCAUCGUAUGGAGUUUUUGCCCGAGUUAGUUGUAGAAUAACGUAGCUUGGCGUUUCGGAUGUAUUGUUGAUUCACGGGUUCAGUUUGUCAUAUGGGGACAAGUCCCUUUACUAGCUCCUGGAAUUUGUAGCUUAAGCUUGGUGCUGUAUUUUCGGAGUAAAAAAAAACUUGUACUCGUUAUAUCU